CUGUCUCUCCAGGUAGUCUGCACCAGGACCUGGGACAUCCAGUACCUUCCACUCAGACACGAUGAGCACAAUGGUGCCUGUCCUGCUGUCCCUGCUGCUUGCUGUGGGUCCUGCAGUCACCCAGGACACUCAAAACAGGCCUUAUUCUCUGACCUACCACUCCAAUGGGGUAUCCAAGCCCAAGGAGGGCUUCCCCAGUUUUCAGGCAACUGGCUACCUCAACGACCAGGCCUUCUUCCACUACGAUAGUGAAACUGAAAAAGCUGAACCCCUGGGCCCAUGGAAACAGGUGGAAGGAAUGGAGGACUGGGAGGAACUAAGUAAAUUUCAAAAGGCCAGGGGGGACUUCUUCCUGAAGAACCUGAAAGACAUCAUGGGCUACUACAAGGACACAGGGAAUCACACCAUGCAGGAAAAGUAUGGCUGCAAACUUCAGAAUAACAACUACUGUGGGGCAUUCUGGACGGUUGCUUAUGAUGGACGGGACUACAUCAAGUUCGACACAGAAAUCCCAGCCUGGAUCCCCCUGCAACCAGAAGCUCUGAAAACCAAGGUGAAGUGGGAGACAGAAGGCUCUGUGCAGCGGGCCAAGGCCUCGCUGGAAGAAGAGUGCACCGGGAAGCUGCAAAAGUACCUGCAAUUCAGCAGGCCCUUCCUGGACCGUCAAGACCCUCCCUCUGUGUCAAUCACCAGCCAUGUGAACCCAGGAAACAUCAGGACCCUCAAGUGCGUGGCCGACAACUUCUACCCAAAACCGAUCAGUAUGUACUGGACUCAGGCAGACAGUGUAGUGGAGACUGAGUCAUGGGGAGAGGGUCCUCUCAGUGAAAAUGGCACUUACCAGUCCUGGGUGGUGGUGAAAAUCCUCUCUUUGGACAGAGGCCCUUACUCCUGCCACGUGCAGCACAGCAGCCUGGCCCAGCCCCUUACUGUCACAUGGAAUGAGAGUCAGUAACCAGGGGCUAACAGCAUCUCCGGGUCCGGAGACUAGUAGGCACCCUUUCAUCGGGACAUGAGAGAUGAGCUCUAGAAUGACUGUCAUCGCCAUCAGCAAGGCCCAAGAGGAACAGUGAAGGGGACGGAGAGGUGGUGAAUUUGGAGACACAAAGCUUCAAUGCUGAGCACUGAGCUGACUCACUGCUACAUUCCCUCUCUGAACCCAUUGUCUAUUCUGUGGAAUCUAAUCACACUAAACAACUAGCCCAUAGGAAAAAUAAAUCCGAUUAUUGUAUUGCUAAAAGCUG